AGCGCUGGGCGAGCUCACUGUAGAGCCGCCGGAGGGGAAUCGAGGAUCUCAAUUCCACCCCUCUCCUUUUAAGCGAAGGUUCCCCCCCGCCUGCAGAAGAGGCGGCGCCCUGGAUCGGCCAUUGCCCUCCGCUAGAGCGCGAGCGUCGUCGGAAGGGUCCAUUGUUGCCUGGAGGGGUGGGCGUGUGGGCGUGGCGCUGCCCCCUCCUGGAGUGCUCGGGGGCCGACCUUGCUAGUUCAUCCUGCGGUAGGUGCGGCGCAAAGAUGAGCGCGGAGGAGAACCCAGCCAGUAAGCCCACACCGGUGCAGGACGUACAAGGCGACGGGCGCUGGAUGUCCCUGCACCAUCGAUUUGUGGCCGACAGCAAAGAUAAAGAACCUGAAGUGGUUUUCAUUGGGGACUCCUUGGUCCAGCUAAUGCACCAGUGCGAGAUUUGGCGGGAGCUCUUUUCUCCUCUGCACGCACUUAACUUUGGCAUUGGUGGUGACAGCACACAGCAUGUACUAUGGCGGCUGGAGAAUGGGGAACUUGAACACAUCCGGCCCAAGAUUGUGGUGGUCUGGGUGGGUACCAACAACCAUGGGCACACGGCAGAGCAGGUUACUGGCGGCAUCAAGGCCAUCGUGCAUCUGGUGAACCAGCGGCAGCCCCAGGCCCGGGUCGUGGUGCUGGGCCUGCUUCCAAGGGGCCAGCACCCCAAUCUGCUUCGGGAGAAGAACCAACGGGUAAACGAGCUGGUACGAGCGGCACUGGCAGGCCACCCACGGGCCCACUUCCUGGAUGCCGACCCUGGCUUCGUGCAUUCGGAUGGCACCAUAAGCCACCAUGACAUGUAUGAUUACCUGCAUCUGAGCCGCCUGGGCUACACACCUGUGUGCCGGACCCUGCAUUCCCUGCUUCUGCGUCUCCUGGCCCAAGACCAGGGCCAGGGUGUCCUUCCUCUGGAGCCCUCUUCUUAAAGCAAGCUGCAUUCCCACACAUUAAAUUCUCCCUCCUCAGU